UUUUCUCUGUCAGAAAAAAAAGACACGUUCUUUUUUCUACUCUACCCUAGACCCCUGAUAGACCUAUUUGAUAUACGCUACUACCUGGCAGUUCCAUACGAUGAAUGCAAAAGGAGGAGAAGUACACGGAACUACACUGUUCCUGACCCACCAGGUCUCUUUGAUGGACAUGUCUGGCCCAUGUACUUAAAACACAGGAAAGAAAUGGAGGACUGUGGGGUUGAUGUUGUUUAUUUAGAUGGACUGAAGUCUAGAGAUGAACUUUACAAUCAAGUCUUUGAAGAUAUUCACAACAAGCUUUUAAAUUGCUUGUAGGUAAAUACGUCCCUGCUUCUGAGGGGGUGAAGCAUGAGGGGCUGACUGCUGGAAACAACCUGCCUUUAAGCUUGGGUAGCUGUACUUUCCCUUCUUGCUUUUCAGGGUCUCGAAGACCUGAAAGACCCAUGUACAGAAUGAUGUAAAUAGUACUUAAAAGUCAGAAUGAAGGUUUAUUUGUGUAAACUCUGUGUACUGUCCUUUGGAAAGCAUCUUUUGUAUAUAAUUGAAAAAUGAAGAUAACUUAUUCACAACUCUGUGAUGGACAGGAUUGUUUUGUUUUUUUUUUUUAUUUUCUUAUUUUGUAUUCCACUGGCUUAAACAUCAGUUGAAAAUGCCUUUUUAUAAUGGAACAAGUAGACCUGUGUUAGGAAAACUAACUCUUCUGCUUAUGUGCUUCUGCAGAUAUUAAGUCUUUAUGUAAUGGCUUGUUUGUAAUGUCAUCUCUUCAAUUCAGUAAAAAUCAAAUUUAAUAUCUCUUGCUGUUGAGGUCCUGUUUUACUAUGUCAGUCCUUAACUGCAGGAGAAAUGGGCACAAAACUCCCCCAAAACACACCAACAGCCCCUCCUAUUCCAUAGGGCAUUUGAAAUUUCACCCCCGUGCAGCCUCAAACCUUUUGUGAGCUGCUUCUGCCUUGGUUUAAGUGAUCACAUGGGCCUGGAAGUUCAGACAUCUCAGCCAGGGAGAGAUUCGUGGAGGUGAACAGCACUUCAGAUAUUUUUAAAGUGCUGGUAUGGAACCAGUUUUAUGUCAGCCCCAGCUUCAUGGUGUUUCUCCCUUCACGCUCAAAACAAAUUAGCACGUAAAGAUACUAUGGCCUGUUUCACAGACCACUCGGCUGCUCCCAAGGUGAGAAGUUUGGCUGGAAGCCUAUUUCUGCCUUUUGCAAUCUAGAAGAGAACGUUAUUUGGUCCUAAAUUCUCCAGCUAGCUCAGCGUCGAGAGCUGGCAAUGGCUGCAGCUGUGAAUUUAAAAUCCAGAAAGCAAAUUGUGGGAUUUCUUGGGGACUGGGAGUAGCAGCCUCAUAUUAAAAUUCUGUUACUGGAAGAAACUUUUCAGGGCUUGGUACUGAAAAUGCCAUCCUAAUGCCCGUUUGAAACAGUGUUUAAACACAUCCUUGGGGUCCAGGUGCAGUCUGUUUACCAACAGACUUUUCAUCAACUCGCUGUGGAGGUGGUGUAAGGAAUCUCUGCUGCAGGGAGCACGUACCCCUGUGUAAUCUGCCUUCACAAUGUGUCCUGG